CAUUUUAAGAGAGUAAUUACUUUAAAUGGUGGAUAUGCAAUUGUAUACGCUAACACAACCGCUAGCAUGACCACUGGAAAUAUAACAUCUAAUGUCACGUUAGUUGCUUCCCGACUUAAAGCAACUGCAGGAUUAUAUGCUAUAAUAUUAAAUUAUAAUCAAACAGAAACACCCCGUGCAAUAAUCUUACAUGAAAUGUCUACUCCUAACGUUAAUCUAACGUUCAUUAAUUUAAGCUGCUCUGUCGAUUACGUUUUUAUUGGUCAUACGUGUAUUGUAACCGGAACAUCGGUGCAAAAUGUUCCAUUUUGUAUUAAAGUACGUUUUCUUUCCUCUGGAUCCUUACUAGCAUUAGAUUCUGUUUUGAACACAUCUUCAAUUAUAAAAACACUGCCUCUUGGAGGAUAUGCAUCAAUAUCACGACAAAUUGAUAAUGGAGUUACGAAUUUUACCUUUAUUCUUUAUGACGAAAGUAAUAAACUAUCUAAUUGGAUAUUUCCGUUGAAGUCAAUUAUCUCAAAUAUAUUUGGCGGAUUUGAUGUAUUACAAAAUAAUACGAUGCUAGUGGCACAAAAUGAAUCUAAUAACGCUUGGAAUCUUCUUUCAAUCGAUUUGCCUCUACUUGCUCCACAUAAUGAUAGUGGUUAUGGAAAUUUACAUAUAAAAACGACAAAUCCUCCAAGCAACUCUAUGAAUUUUGCGUUAAAUUCCUUAAUGAUUAGCAUCACAUUCUAUGAUCGCGUUUCAUUUUCUGAUGGCAAUUUAUACAUCUAUCAACAAAUAAAUCAAUCCAAUAUUCUUCGACAAAUAAUUAAUAAAAAAACUUGUGUUAUUAAUUCAUGUAAUAUUUCUGACUAUGUAAUCAAUCUCGAAAUAUAUUCUUGUACCUUCAAUGAUCCAGAAGGCCAAUAUUUUAUACAGAUGGAUACCGACUUUGUAAUGAGCUCAGAUUAUAAGGAACCAAUACCAGGAAUUAAUCCAAAUAUUUGGACUUUUCAAACAGAAACUUAUGCCACAAGUAGUCAAAAGAUUACAGGUGAUAUCCUUGGAAAAUUACGACUAACAACAGGUGGAACUCAAUAUUUUCAAGGGUUAACUGACUCAGGAAAACAUGACUUUUUUACAAAUUUAAUAAAUGAACUCGUAAUGAUAAUUCCUAUAAAGAAAGAAAGAUUGAGCUCAGAUGAACGUUAUCAAAUUGAUUUAUCUUCGAUUGAUUCGGUGAAAAUUCUUAUCUCACUUUCUAUUAGCGAUGCAAAGAGCGGCAAAGAUAGAAUUGCAACUGAUAUUAAAAAUGAUCUGAACUUACUAAUACAAAAUAAAGAAUUUACAAAUAUAUCGACAGGAGCCACAACAAAGUAUUUGGAUAAAACUUAUGGAUUUAAGCAAGCUUCGUCACCGCAGGAAUUCUUUAAAUCACAUCAGACAAAGUUCAUUAUGUUAUUUGUGGCUGCAUUUCUAUUUUCAAUAGUAUUCUUUGUAGCUAGGUAUAAUUCUCCAGAGAGUAAAAAUUUUGUUAUUUUCCAACUUGGCCUUACUAUAUUUCGAACCGUCACCUUUACAGCAUUUGUUUUUAUUGAUGCCAAAGCUAUUCAAGUUAUACACAUACUGAGUAUGCUUUCUUAUCGUUUACCAGAGUUAUCAUCAGAUUCUGAUACUAUAACAAAUGGACCUCAUGAUACUCUUAUUGAAAUUUAUGACAAAAGAUCUAACAAGGUCAAGAUUUUCGAGGCACAUUCAAACGUUCUUUGCAAUAGAUGUGAAUAUUUUAAGAUAGCUCUAUCAGACAAAUGGGCAAGAAAAGUUGAUGAUAUGUAUAAAUUAAGAUUGGAAGUUUCAUUCGAUGCCUUUGAAUUAAUAUUUAAUGGCAUUUGUAGUGGGACUAUUAUUUUAAAUGAACCCAGCAUAAUUCUUUCUAUGGAAUUAUUACUAAUAUCUGAUAUUCUUCUCCUUAAUGAGUUUAUCGACUUUUUAAAACCCAAAUUAUUAGAAAGAAGUAAAACGGAUUGGCGUGAUGAAGAUAUUAUUUAUAUAUUAAAAGCAUCUUACCGAAUUUCAUCCGUUCAAGAACUCUAUUUAAUUUGCCAAGAUAUGGUGGCAGAAAGGCCAAUGAUCUUAUUUGGAUCGCAAGAAUUUACAUCCAUUGAAGAAGAAAUUUUACUUUCUAUAUUGAAAUUAGACAUGAUUUGUGUGCCGGAAAUAACAAUAUUAAAUAAAUUAAUCGAAUGGGGCAUCGCAAACACACCAAAUUACGAUACUAUAACCGAUAAUACAAAUCGGAUGAAUGCAUUAAGAACUACUCUUGAAGAAGGACUUCAAUUAAUUCGAUAUAAUAAUAUUAAGUCGGAUCAGUAUACUCCUGAAUUUAACCAAAUACUUCCAUCAAAGGAAGUUUUAUAUAAAAUUCCACCUCGUAUUAAUCAAACAGCCGAACCAAAGGUCAUUAAUAACAGACUUGCAGGAUUGAUUCUUGCUUGGAUUGAUAGAAAAGAUCCCAUGAAAGUUCAAUAUACGGGAUUUAAUAGUCCAUUUAGGUUUCGGCAUGUUUUUCGCAUGAAUGAUAAUACAGAAUUCUCUUCACAGCUUUAUAGAUUCCAUCAAUGUAAUAAAAAGUUACCGACAAUUAAAUGUCAUGAGGGUCCUUCAUUAAUGAUAAUGAAACUUAAAGGUUCGGAAAAAAUCAUUGGUGCCUAUAAUCCUAUUCAAUGGAAACAAAGUCUAAGUAACAUUUGUGGCAAGACUUCAGAAAGUUUUAUUUUUUCUUGUGAUGAUAGGUUUGGAGUAAAUUAUCGGUUAAGCAGAGUUCGUAAUUUUGACCAUGCAGUCUACCUAGUUAAUACCUUUGGAACGUUAAAUUUUGGUGAAGAUUUAACUUUUAUAUUUGAUAAAGAAAAAAUCAGUUGUCAAAUUAAGAAUAAAUUUUACGAACAAACUACAUUGACCGAAGGUAUAUAUGAAAUUGAAGAAUGGAAUAUUUAUAAAGUUAGAAGAAAAGAUGAUCAACCAAUGAGGGUAAUGACCAAACUUACUAAUUCACCCAUUGAAUCAAAGAUUAUUAAUAACGACUUUUUCGGAUUGGUCGCGACAUGGAUUGAUAAGAAGGAUCCAGUAGAAGAUCAUUAUAUCAGUUCUAAUUUGCCAUACCAAUUUACACCAAUAUUUCGUAUGAAAGAUAAUACAGCUUAUUAUCCUAGACAAUAUUAUAAUCAAUCUUCGAAUAGAUUAUUACCAACAAUGAAAUGUCAUCAUGAACCUUCAUUAAUGGUAAUGAAACUUAAAACUUCAGGAAAGAUAAUUGGAGCUUAUAAUCCUAUUGAUUGGAAAUAUGGGAAAUAUCGCACUUAUCCAACCGAUGAAGAAUUUAGACACACAUCUGAAAGUUUUAUUUUUUCCUGUGAAGAUAUGGAUGGAAAAGAUUAUCGACUAAGCCGUGUUGUAAAUUAUGACAAAGCAAUAUGUUCAGAAAAAAUAAGUACUUAUAGAAAAGAUCUCAAUAGUUUAGUGUUAAAAUUUGGUGAUGAUUUAAAGUUUAUCCAUCGUGGAGGAAGAAAUAAUAUGGAUUAUAUCAGUUGCUACAUAAAAGACGGGUAUUAUGAACAACCGGCUAUAAUGCCUACAGGAUAUUAUGAAAUUGAUCAAUGGGAGAUUUUUAAAGUAACUAAAAAAGAUCCUGAAUCUUCUGAUAUUGAUAACGAGGAUGAUGAUGAUAUGGAUUAA